UGAGACAAAGAUAGCCAUCCCCUCCCCUCCCUCACUCAUUAGCUCGACCAAGCACCCAAGAAUAGCAAGGAAGAGCUCUACAAUCCACCAUUUUCACACCCAAAUUCGAGCUCAAGGAAGAAGGUCCCAAGAGGAGUGUUUGGAGAAGGAAAAAGGUUGGGAAAAGUGUGAACAAUUAAGGAACUUGUGAAAGGUAUUUCAAGUGAUUUCACAAAGUUGGAAAAGUCGCCGGAGUUGUCGCCGGAGUUGACCAAGAGUCGCCGGAGUUUCACCGGAGUUCAACCAAGAGGGGUAGAACUUCAUAACGCUAGUUCAAGGUUGAAGCUAGGGCUUGCUACUUGCACCUUCUCAAGGGUGGUAUCAAAUCAGGAAGACGUGAGAUGGAGGGCAGGCGGAUGGCAACCAGGAACAAUCCGAGGGGGCAGGCGCCGGUAGCAUCCCAAAGGGGAAGCCGGGCUGCAUCUCGGGGUUCAAGAGGAGGCCGUGGAGGCCGUGGAAGCCGUGGGGGUCAUCAAGCUCAAACUGUUGAAGCUAGGGCUUGCUACUUGCACCUUCUCAAGGGUGGUAUCAAAUCAGGAAGACGUGGUUCGUGCUUCCUUAUUUUCUUUCAAACUACCGCACACUUGCUCAUGGAUGUUUAUUUUACUAUAAACUAUUUUUGGGGCUUGCACGCCCAUGUUAUUGGCCGGUUGUGGCUCAUGACUUACCGUUGAAUAUUUCCGCUAUUCAUUGGUCUAAAUGUGAUGUUGUUAUGUAUGUUUA